AUGAUCGCUAUGGACAGCUACUUUAGUCCAAAAACUAAUACAGUCUACGAAAGAUACAUAUUUCGCAGUAUUAAACAAGUACAGGGUGAGUCCAUGGAGCAAUUCAUCACAAAAUUGAAGGAACAAGGAAAAAACUGCAAUUACAUCGAUUUAGACGAUCAAAUUAGAGACCAGGUAAUCGAGAAGUGUUCAUCAUCCGAACUGAGAAGGAAAUUUCUGGAAAAGGGUGAAAUCAAGUUGGACGAAGUUCGAGAAAUUGCCAAGGCAUUCGAAGCCACAGAACUGCAGAUGAACGCUAUGAAUGGGAAUGCAGAAGUCAAUAAGGUUGUCUUUAGAAAGAACAAAAGCAACACGAAUGGAAAACAGAAGAUAUCACAAACUGAUGGAUCUUCUACAAGGAGGAGAAGAUGUUAUCGUUGUGGAGAUACAGAUCAUCUGGCAAAUACAUGCAAAUUCGUUAAUUCAUUCUAUCAUUUUUGCAAAAACAAAGGACAUUUACGAAAAGUUUGUUUCAAAUUUAAGAAAUCUAACGAAUGUAAUGAAGUUUCAGAUUCAAACCAGAAUAAUAUUGGAGCUUCGGAGGAUCCGAGAGAGGAUAUUUGCGAAUUAUAA